UCCCCAUUCCACGCUGCUUCGGCGCCCGGCACCAACCUCCCCCCCUCCCCACUUCGCCGCCGGCGGGUGGAGUCGGGCCGGAGCAGCCGCUUUUUACCAAAGCCUACCAAACUAUCCGGCGACCAUGGGGCACGGCGUCAGCUGCGCCCGCACCGGCGACGAGCACGACUACUUCCGCGCGGCGCAGCUCGGGGACCUCGACGCCCUGGCCGCGCUCCUCGCCGCCGACACCUCCCUCGCCCGCCGCGCCACGCUCUACGACCGCCUCUCCGCGCUCCACAUCGCCGCCGCCAAUGGGCGCCUCGAGGUGCUGUCCAUGAUCUUGGAUAACGGGGUGCCGCCGGACGUUGUGAAUCGGCACAAGCAGACUCCGCUGAUGCUCGCGGCGAUGCACGGCAAGAUUGACUGCGUGCUCAGGCUCCUCCAGGCCGGCGCCAAUAUCUUGAUGUUCGAUUCGGUACACGGGCGGAGCUGCCUGCACCACGCUGCCUACUUCGGCCAUGUCGACUGCCUGCAGGCCAUCCUCUCGGCGGCGCAGACGACGCCGGUGGCCGACUCAUGGGGUUUCGCCCGGUUCGUCAACGUCAGGGACGACCACGGCGCCACGCCGCUGCAUCUCGCGGCCAGGCAGGGGCGGCCAGGGUGCGUGCAGAUGUUGCUGGAGAACGGCGCCAUUGUAUCCGCUUUGACCGGCUCGUACGGGUUCCCUGGUAGCACAUCGUUGCAUCUGGCUGCUCGCAGUGGGAACCUGGAUUGCAUCCGGAAACUGCUUGCCUGGGGAGCAGAUCGUCUCCAAAGGGACUCUGCAGGGAGAAUUCCCUAUGCUGUUGCACUGAAGCGCAACUACGAAGCAUGUGCGGCUUUGCUAAACCCUUCAUCAGCUGAGCCCAUGGUGUGGCCUUCCCCACUUAAGUUCAUCAGCGAGCUCGAUCCGGAAGCAAAGGCUCUCCUGGAAGCAGCCCUGAUGGAAGCCAACAGGGAGAGGGAGAAGAAGAUCUUGAAGGGCACAAAGUACUCUCUGCCGUCGCCUUCGCAUUGCGAUGCCGAUGUUGUGGACGAUGCAUCCUCAGAGGUGAGCGACUCGGAGCUGUGCUGCAUCUGCUUCGACCAGGCAUGCACCAUCGAGGUGCAGGACUGCGGGCACCAGAUGUGCGCGCCGUGCACGCUGGCGCUGUGCUGCCACAGCAAACCCAACCCGACGACCCUAACGCUGCCGUCGCCAGCCUGCCCAUUCUGCCGCGGCAGCAUCUCGCGGCUGCUGGUGGCCCGGACAAGCACGCCCAGUGACCCCGAGAAGGCAGCCUUCUCCCCGCAGCUAUCCCGGCGGCGGUCUCGGCGGUCUCACAACCUCAGUGAUGGGGGCAGCAGCAGCUUCAAGGGGCUCUCGUCCGCCAUGGGGUCCUUCUCCAAGAUCGGGCGCGGCUCGAGCCGGAUGGUCGACAGCGACAGUGGCAGCCUGGACAAGCCCGAGCACGACCUGUGAAGCAGACUGCCUGCGGGCGGUCAAGUGGUAAAGCCAAGCAGCCGUCACCGCCAGCGGCUUUCCGAGAGUCAGAAGACGGGCAAUCCCAAUCCAAGCAAUGUGUCGGGAGAGGUGAUCGUGAGUUUAUAUAGAUAGGAGCUAAAUAAGUAGUGUCUCGCUAUGUCUCUGUCUGUCUGCCCUAUUUUUCCGGCGUGCCAGGAUUCACCUGGCCGCGCCAUAUUCCAUUGUCACCACCACAAGCUAUAGAUUCCUUGGCGUCCCAUUCCUAUGCUAUGCUUGCUUGAACCA